CGGAGCCAGCUGCGAGCGGACCUGAAACGCGCGCUGUGGGGGCUCCGGGCAGGAAACCACAUACCUUCUGCCAGUGGCCCCUUCUCAGCUCUGACACCAAGCAUAUGGCCCCAGGAGAUCCUGGCCAAGUACACACAGAAGGAAGAGUCUGCAGAGCAACCAGAGUUCUGCUACGAUGAGUUUGGUUUCCGAGUGGACAAGGAAGAAGGUGCUGAGCCUGGAUGCAGCCAACUGACAAGUACACUACUGGUGGAGGACCCCCCGCAGAGGCUGCGGUGGCAGGCCCACCUGGAGUUUACCCACAACCACGAUGUGGGGGAUCUCACCUGGGACAAGAUUGCAGUCUCCCUCCCACGCUCUGAGAAACUCCGUUCCCUAGUGCUGGCUGGCAUCCCACAUGGCAUGAGGCCACAGCUGUGGAUGCGACUAUCUGGAGCACUGCAGAAGAAGAGGAACUCUGAGCUAUCCUACCGUGAGAUUGUAAAGAACAGCUCCAAUGAUGAGACUAUCACUGCCAAACAGAUCGAGAAGGACCUGCUCCGCACCAUGCCCAGCAAUGCCUGCUUUGCCAGUGUGAACAGCAUUGGGGUGCUUCGCCUGCGCAGAGUCCUCCGAGCACUGGCCUGGCUCUACCCAGAGAUUGGCUACUGCCAGGGCACGGGCAUGGUGGCUGCCUGCCUCCUUCUGUUCCUGGAGGAGGAGGAUGCCUUCUGGAUGAUGUGUGCAGUUAUCGAGGACCUGCUCCCUGCCUCCUACUUCAGCACCACCCUACUGGGUGUCCAGACUGACCAGCGGGUCCUUCGUCACUUGAUUGUCCAGUACCUACCUCGCUUGGACAAGCUGCUCCAGGAGCACGACAUCGAGCUGUCUCUAAUCACACUGCACUGGUUCCUCACGGCCUUCGCCAGCGUGGUACACAUCAAACUGCUGCUGCGCAUCUGGGACCUGUUUUUCUACGAGGGCUCCCUGGUGCUGUUCCAAACCACGCUGGGCAUGCUGCGCCUUAAGGAGGAGGAGCUGAUCCAGUCAGAGAACUCGGCCUCCAUCUUCAACACACUGUCGGACAUCCCAGCACAGAUGGAGGAUGCUGAGCUGCUGCUGGAAGAGGCCAUGCGGCUGGCUGGUUCCCUCACUGAUGUGGCUGUGGAGACCCAGCGUCGCAAGCACCUGGCCUACCUCAUUGCAGACCAGGGCCAGCUCCUCGGGACCAGUGCCCCCACCAACCUCUCUCAGGUUGUGCGGCGCAGGACCCAACGGAGGAAGUCUGCCAUCACCUCCCUGCUCUUUGGGGAGGAUGACCUGGAGGCCCUCAAGGCCAAGAACAUCAAGCAGACAGAACUGGUGGCUGACCUACGUGAAGCCAUCUUGCGUGUGGCCCGCCAUUUCCAGUGCACAGACCCCAAGAACUGUAAUGUGGAGCUGACCCCCGACUACAGCAUGGAGAGCCACCAGCGGGACCAUGAGAACUAUGUGGCAUGUUUGCGCAGUCACCGGCGCAGGGCCAAGGCCCUGCUGGACUUUGAGCGGCAUGACGAUGAUGAGCUAGGCUUCCGCAAAAAUGACAUCAUCACGAUCAUCUCUCAGAAGGACGAGCACUGCUGGGUGGGUGAGCUGAACGGCCUGAGAGGCUGGUUUCCAGCCAAGUUUGUGGAGGUCCUGGAUGAGCGGAGCAAAGAGUACUCCAUUGCCGGGGACGAUUCUGUGACAGAAGGAGUUACAGACCUUGUGCGAGGGACCCUCUGCCCGGCCCUCAAGGCCCUGUUUGAACACGGACUGAAGAAGCCAUCCUUGCUUGGAGGGCCCUGCCACCCCUGGCUGUUUAUCGAAGAGGCUGCGGGCCGGGAGGUUGAAAGAGACUUUGAUUCUGUGUACUCCCGCCUGGUGCUCUGUAAGACAUACAGGUUGGAUGAAGAUGGCAAAGUCCUGACCCCCGAGGAGCUGCUGUACCGGGCUGUGCAGUCUGUGAAUGUGACCCAUGAUGCAGCACACGCACAAAUGGACGUUAAACUCCGCUCCCUGAUCUGUGUGGGGCUCAAUGAGCAGGUACUGCACCUGUGGCUGGAGGUGCUCUGCUCUAGCCUGCCCACUGUGGAGAAGUGGUACCAGCCCUGGUCCUUUCUGCGAAGCCCUGGCUGGGUCCAGAUCAAGUGUGAGCUCCGCGUCCUCUGCUGCUUUGCCUUCAGCCUCUCCCAGGAUUGGGAGCUCCCUGCAAAGAGAGAGGAAGAGAAGCAGCCACUGAAGGAGGGUGUUCAGGACAUGCUGGUGAAGCACCACCUUUUCAGCUGGGACAUAGAUGGAUGACGCUCCUGCUAGCUGCUCACUGGUUCCCAGGCUUCCCACAAGCCAUUGGAUGCCUGGCAGGCCCCUUCCUCCAAUAGAAAGAGAAGGUGGAGCCCUGGCCAACCUCAGGCCUGCUCUGGACUGUCUGAGGUGGCCCAGGCCUUGCCUAAUGACAGUGUCUGGGGAAUGAGACACUCCAGAGCCCAUCCAGGGGGUCAUGAUCAGGAUUCAGGCCUUCCCACUCCAGGCACCCACAACUGGCAGGAGCAGAAGGUGGGGACUACCCCUGUCUCUCCUUAAUGCAGGCUGGAGAGCACCAUGCCUGAGUCCUUAAGGAAGCUCUGGGUGCCAGCCAUCUAGUUGUACUAACCAGAAACCUCGGAAGCGGAGCGACAUUGGUGUGACUCCAGCUCUGUAGAACUUUGCUCAGGAAGGGGGUUGGUUUAAGGCAGUUAAGGCUUCUUGACUAAGAUCUUUGAUUUGUAAAUAAACUUUGUGAGAACACCUCUCCUCUUCAGCCACAGUCACAGCUCUACCAAGUGUGUCCCUUCUGGAAUGGUCUGGCUCCUGGACCCUUGCUGAAUGCUUCUCCCAAGUAGGAGUGAUGGGACUUGGGCUUUGGGUCACUGUGUGGCCCUAGAUUGCUGGUAUGAACAGCAGCCCCGGGGCCCCAGCCAUGGAUGGAAGAUGAUUGACUGACAAGUCAGUGUUUUUAUUUUAAAAAGUUCACACAGCUUCCCCACCUUUGUCCCAGCACUGGUUUUUGGCAACUCCAUCCCUACUCCCUAUUGCAUCGGAACAAGGCUGAUGGUGGGCACGAGGUGGCCACAGCUGCCAAGCCCCUCUGUCCCAGGUCCAUGUUGGCUACAGCGAGGAAAUGGGAUGGAAUGUGGGUGGGCAGAGCGCUCCUGGGGGGUUAGACCAGGAAGCCUCUCUGCCCUUGUGGCACAAAGGAGCCGGAAAGCAGGGCAGGUGGAGUGUAGGCCAUGGCCAGUGUCUACAUGUCAAACACACGUGAGGGGUGGGCCUGGGCAGCUGCAUGCCCGACUGGGCACUGGACUGUGUGGCACGUAGCUCAGGGUGACCCUGUAUCAAGCCCCCAGUAGCCACAGGCCUUCGGCAUGUGAAAGCUGGUGGAGGUAGCCAUACCCAU